AUGGCCAUUGAAGGCCAGUCAGGGAAGGAAAGUCCGCCAGACUCUGAUCGCCCAUUAAGCACCAAAAAACUGGCGGUAAAGCCUCGCGGGUCGGUCCUUCCUGCCCCGGGCUGGCUUCGAACCGUGCACCUCCGACCCAGCCUGCGGGGGUGGCUGGGAGGCGGGGCUGCGCCGGCGGCUGGAGCCCGCCCUGCCCGCACCCGCCCUGCCCGUGCCCGCCCUGCCCUGCCCGCGCCCGUGCCCGCACCCGCCCUGCCCGUGCCCGCACCCGCCCUGCCCGCGCCCGCCCUGCCCGCGCCCGCCCUGCCCGUGCCCGCCCUGCCCGUGCCCGCACCCGCCCUGCCCGUGCCCGCACCCGCCCUGCCCGCGCCCGUGCCCGCACCCGCCCUGCCCGCGCCCGCACCCGCCCUGCCCGCGCCCGCACCCGCCCUGCCCGCGCCCGUGCCCGCACCCGCCCUGCCCGCGCCCGCACCCGCCCUGCCCGCGCCCGUGCCCGCACCCGCCCUGCCCGCGCCCGCACCCGCCCUGCCCGCGCCCGCCCUGCCCGCGCCCGCACCCGCCCUGCCCGCGCCCGCCCUGCCCGCGCCCGCACCCGCCCCGCCCGCGCCCGCCCUGCCCGCGCCCGCACCCGCCCCGCCCGUGCCCGCCCUGCCCGCGCCCGCCCUGCCCGCGCCCGCCCUCCCGCACCCGCCCUGCCCGCGCCCGCCCUGCCCGCGCCCGCCCUGCCCGUGCCCGUGCCCGUGCCCGCACCCGCCCUGCCCGUGCCCGCACCCGCCCUGCCCGUGCCCGCACCCGCCCUGCCCGCGCCCGCCCUGCCCGCGCCCGCACCCGCCCUGCCCGCGCCCGCCCUGCCCGCGCCCCGCCCUGCCCGUGCCCGUGCCCGUGCCCGCACCCGCCCUGCCCGUGCCCGCACCCGCCCUGCCCGCGCCCGCCCUGCCCGCGCCCGCGCCCGCCCUGCCCGCGCCCGCACCCGCCCUGCCCGCGCCCGCACCCGCCCUGCCCGCGCCCGCACCCGCCCUGCCCGCGCCCGUGCCCGCACCCGCCCUGCCCGCGCCCGUGCCCGCACCCGCCCUGCCCGCGCCCGUGCCCGCACCCGCCCUGCCCGCGCCCGUGCCCGCACCCGCCCUGCCCGCGCCCGUGCCCGCACCCGCCCUGCCCGCGCCCGCCCUGCCCGUGCCCGUGCCCGCACCCGCCCUGCCCGUGCCCGCCCUGCCCGCGCCCGAGCCCGCCCUGCCCGAGCCCGCCCUGCCCGUGCCCGCACCCGCCCUGCCCGUGCCCGCCCUGCCCGUUCCCGCCCUGCCCGCGCCCGCCCUGCCCGUGCCCGCACCCGCCCUGCCCGCGCCCGCACCCGCCCUGCCCGCGCCCGUGCCCGCACCCGCCCUGCCCGCGCCCGCACCCGCCCUGCCCGCGCCCGUGCCCGCACCCGCCCUGCCCGCGCCCGUGCCCGCACCCGCCCUGCCCGAGCCCGCACCCGCCCUGCCCGCGCCCGCCCUGCCCGCGCCCGUGCCCGCACCCGCCCUGCCCGCGCCCGCCCUGCCCGUGCCCGCCCUGCCCGUGCCCGAGCCCGCACCCGCCCUGCCCGCGCCCGUGCCCGCACCCGCCCUGCCCGCGCCCGCACCCGCCCUGCCCGCGCCCGUGCCCGCACCCGCCCUGCCCGAGCCCGCACCCGCCCUGCCCGCGCCCGCCCUGCCCGUGCCCGUGCCCGCACCCGCCCUGCCCGCGCCCGCCCUGCCCGUGCCCGAGCCCGCACCCGCCCUGCCCGCGCCCGCCCUGCCCGCGCCCGCCCUGCCCGCGCCCGUGCCCGCACCCGCCCUGCCCGAGCCCGCGCCCGCCCUGCCUGGGCCCGGCCUCCACGUCCCGGCUGGGCGGAGGAGGGGGGGUCCCCGGCUGCGGCGGCGGGGGGUCCCCGCGCCCCCUUGCCUGGAUGGAAGCCCGUGUGCGAAUGGAGGUCGCUGCACCCAGCUGCCCUCGGGCGGAGCCGCCUGCCUGUGCCCUCCCGGCUGGGUGGGUGAGCGGUGUGAGCUGGAAAACCCCUGUCACUCGGGCCCCUGUGCCGGCCGUGGUGUUUGCCAGAGCUCCGUGGUGGCGGGCGCCGCCCGGUUCUCCUGCCGAUGUCCCCGCGGCUUCCGAGGUCCCGAUUGCUCCCUGCCCGACCCCUGUCUCAGCGGCCCGUGCGCCCACGGCGGCCGCUGCUCGGUGGGCUCCGAUGGCCGCUUCGUCUGCUCCUGCCCGCCUGGCUACCAGGGCCGGAGCUGCCGGAGCGACGUGGAUGAGUGCCGGGCGGGGGGGCCCUGCCGGAACGGGGGCACCUGCCUGAACACCCCGGGCUCCUUCCGCUGCCAGUGUCCGGCCGGCCACAUGGGGCCUCUGUGCGAGAGCCCCGCGCUGCCCUGCGCCCCGUCCCCCUGCCGGAACGGGGGCACCUGCCGCCAGGGCGGGGGCCUCACCUACGACUGUGCCUGCCUUCCUGGCUUCGAGGGCCAGCACUGCGAGGCGAACGUCGAUGACUGUCCGGGACAUCGGUGUCUGAAUGGGGGGACGUGCGUGGACGGUGUCAACACCUACAACUGCCAGUGUCCUCCCGAGUGGACAGGUCAGUUUUGCACGGAGGACGUGGACGAGUGCCAGCUCCAGCCCAAUGCGUGCCACCACGGGGGCACGUGCUUCAACACGCUGGGGGGGCACAGCUGCGUGUGCGUCAACGGCUGGACAGGCGAGAGCUGCAGCCAGAACAUCGACGACUGUGCCACGGCCGUGUGCUUCCACGGGGCCACCUGCCACGACCGCGUGGCCUCCUUCUACUGCGCCUGCCCCAUGGGCAAAACCGGCCUCCUCUGCCACCUGGACGACGCCUGCGUCAGCAACCCCUGUCACGACGACGCCAUCUGCGACACCAACCCCGUGAACGGCCGGGCCAUCUGCACCUGUCCGCCGGGCUUCACGGGUGGGGCGUGCGACCAGGACGUGGACGAGUGCUCCAUUGGUGCCAACCCGUGUGAACAUCUCGGGCGGUGCGUGAACACCCAGGGCUCGUUCCUGUGCCAGUGCGGCCGGGGCUACACGGGGCCUCGCUGCGAGACCGACGUCAACGAGUGCCUGUCCGGGCCCUGCCGAAACCAGGCCACCUGCCUGGAUCGCAUCGGACAGUUCACCUGCAUCUGCAUGGCAGGCUUCACAGGAACCUAUUGUGAAGUGGACAUCGAUGAGUGUCAGAGCAGCCCAUGUGUCAACGGGGGCGUCUGCAAAGAUCGAGUGAACGGCUUCAGCUGCACCUGCCCCUCAGGUUUCAGUGGGUCUAUGUGUCAGCUGGACGUGGAUGAGUGUGCAAGCACGCCCUGCCGGAAUGGCGCCAAGUGCGUGGACCAACCCGAUGGCUACGAGUGUCGCUGUGCCGAGGGCUUCGAGGGGACCCUGUGUGAGCACAAUGUGGACGACUGCUCCCCUGACCCGUGCCACCACGGGCGCUGCGUGGAUGGCAUCGCCAGCUUCUCGUGUGCCUGUGCCCCCGGCUACACGGGCACACGCUGCGAGAGCCAGGUGGACGAGUGCCGCAGCCAGCCCUGCCGCCACGGGGGCAAAUGCCUGGACCUGGUGGAUAAAUACCUCUGCCGCUGUCCUCCUGGCACCACAGGUGUGAACUGCGAGGUGAACGUCGACGAUUGUGCCAGCAACCCCUGCACCUUCGGGGUCUGCCGGGAUGGGAUCAACGGCUACGACUGUGUCUGCCGGCCGGGCUUCACCGGGCCCCUCUGUAACGUGGAGAUCAACGAAUGCACAUCCAACCCGUGUGGCGAGGGAGGCUCCUGCGUGGAUGGAGAAAAUGGCUUCCACUGCCUGUGUCCCCCUGGCUCCUUGCCCCCACUUUGCCUCCCUCCCAGCCAUCACUGUGCCCAGGAGCCCUGCAAACAUGGCGUCUGCCAUGAUGUACCUGAUGGGUUCCGCUGUGUGUGCGAGGCUGGCUGGACCGGCCCCCGCUGCGGCCAGAGCCUGGCUCCAGAUGCCUGUGAGUCCCAGCCCUGCCGGGCUGGGGGUACGUGCACCAGCGAAGGACGCGGGUUCCGGUGCACCUGCCCUCCCGGAGUGCAGGGCCGUCAGUGUGAGGUGCUGUCCCCGUGCACCCCGAAUCCCUGUGAGCAUGGGGGCCGCUGUGAGAUGGGUCCUGGCCAGCUGAUUGUGUGCUCCUGCCCCUCAGGCUGGCAAGGUGUCCGAUGCCAGCAAGACGUGGAUGAGUGUGCCGGCCCGGCGCCCUGCGGACCCCGGGGCAUCUGUACCAAUCUGGCGGGCAGUUUCAGCUGUACUUGCCUUGGGGGCUACACGGGUCCUUCCUGUGACCAGGACAUUGAUGACUGUGACCCCAACCCGUGCCUCAAUGGCGGCUCCUGUCAGGAUGGCGUGGGCUCCUUCUCCUGCUCUUGCCUUCCGGGUUUCGCCGGCUCGCGCUGUGCCCGCGACGUGGAUGAAUGCCUGAGCAGCCCCUGCGGCCCGGGCACCUGCACGGACCACGUGGCCUCGUUCACCUGCACCUGUCCACCGGGCUUCGGAGGCUUCCACUGCGAGAGGGACCUGCCCGACUGCAGCCCCAGCUCCUGCUUCAACGGAGGGACCUGUGUGGACGGUGUGAACUCGUUCAGCUGCCUGUGCCGCCCUGGCUACACGGGCGCCCACUGCCAGUUCGAGGCCGACCCCUGUCUCUCUCGGCCCUGUCUGCACCGCGGCAUCUGCAGAGCCAGCCACCCCGGCUUUCACUGCACCUGCCGGGAGGGCUUCACCGGCAGCCAGUGCCAGACUCCAAUAGACUGGUGCGGCCAGGGGCCCUGUCAGAACGGAGGCCGCUGCGUCCAGGCCGGGGCCUACUGCCUGUGUCCCCCGGGAUGGAGCGGCCGCCUCUGUGACAUCCGAAGUGUGCCUUGCAGGGAGGCCGCAGCCCAGAUGGGGGUGCGGCCGGAGCAGCUGUGCGCCGCGGGAGGGCAGUGCGUGGACCAGGACAGCUCCCACUACUGCGUGUGUCCAGAGGGUCGCACGGGCAGCCACUGCGAGCAGGAGCUGGACCCCUGCUUGGCCCAGCCCUGCCAAAAUGGAGGCACCUGCCGGGCCUACAUGGGAGGCUAUGUGUGCGAGUGUCCAGCUGGCUAUAUGGGUGACAGCUGUGAGAGCAACGUGGAUGAGUGUGCCUCUAGGCCCUGCCAGCAUGGGGGCUCCUGCAUCGACCUCGUGGCCCGAUACCUCUGUUCCUGUCCCCCUGGGACUCUGGGGGUGCUCUGUGAGAUUAAUGAGGAUGACUGCGGUCCAGGAGCACCCCUGGAUUCUGGCACGCGCUGUCUACACAAUGGCACCUGUGUGGACCUGGUGGGGGGCUUCCGCUGUAACUGCCCCCCGGGAUACACGGGUCUCCACUGCGAGGCGGACAUCAAUGAGUGUCGGCCGGGGGUCUGCCACGCGGCUCACACCCGGGAUUGCCUGCAAGACCCAGGAGGGCACUUCCGCUGCCUCUGCCAUCCGGGCUUCACGGGUCCUCGCUGUCAGACUGUCCUCUCCCCCUGUGAGGCCCAGCCCUGCCAGCAUGGAGGCCAGUGUCGAGCCAGCCCAGCCCCUGGCGGUGGGCUGACCUUCACCUGCCACUGUGUCCAGCCGUUCUGGGGUCCGCGAUGCGAGCGGGUGGCGCGCUCCUGCCGGGAGCUGCAGUGUCCCACGGGCGUCCCGUGCCAGCUGACCGCGCGCGGGCCGCGCUGCGCCUGUCCCCCGGGGCUGCCGGGGUCCUCCUGCCGGGGCUCCCGGGCGGCGGCCUCACCCCCGGGAGCCGCCAACGCCACCUGCUCGGGCGCCGCGCCGUGUCUGCACGGGGGCUCGUGCCGCCCCGCGCACACGGCCCCCUUCUUCCGCUGCGCGUGCGCCCCGGGCUGGGCGGGGCCGCGUUGCGAGACCCCGACGGUGGUGGCGGCGGCGGCGUCGCCGGAGGCGCCCGAGGAGCCGCGGUGCCCGCGGGCCGCCUGCCAGGCCAAGCGCGGGGACGGGCGCUGCGACCGCGCGUGCAACAGCCCGGGCUGCGGCUGGGACGGCGGCGACUGCUCGCUGAGCGUGGGCGACCCCUGGCGGCAGUGCGAGGCGCUGCAGUGCUGGCGCCUCUUCAACAACAGCCGCUGCGACCCGGCCUGCAGCUCGCCCGCCUGUCUCUACGACAACUUCGACUGCCGCGGGGCGGGCCGCGAGCGCGCCUGCAACCCCGUGUAUGAAAAAUACUGUGCAGACCACUUCGCGGACGGCCGCUGCGACCAGGGCUGCAACACGGAGGAGUGCGGCUGGGACGGGCUGGACUGCGCCAGUGAGGUCCCCGCCCUGCUGGCCCGCGGCGUGCUGGUGCUCACCGUCCUGCUGCCCCCCGAAGAGCUGCUGCGCUCCGGCGCCGAUUUCCUGCAGCGGCUCAGCGCCAUCCUGCGGACCUCGCUGCGCUUCCGCCUGGACGCCCGCGGCCAGGCCAUGGUGUUCCCUUACCACCGGCCCGGCCCUGGCGUCGAACCCCGAGCCCGGCGGGAGCUGGUCCCCGAGGUGAUCGGCUCCGUCGUGAUGCUGGAGAUUGACAACCGGCUCUGCCUGCAGUCUCCCGAGAACGACCACUGCUUCCCCGAUGCCCAGAGUGCCGCCGACUACCUGGGGGCCUUGUCAGCCGUGGAGCGCCUCGACUUCCCCUACCCGCUGCGGGAUGUGCGAGGGGAGCCGCUGGAGCCGCCCGCGCAGGGCGUGCCCACCAUGCCCCUGCUGGCGGCCAGCGCCGUCUUCCUGCUCAUCAUCUUCGUCCUGGGCGUCAUGGUGGCCCGGCGCAAGCGAGAGCACAGCACCCUGUGGUUCCCCGAGGGAUUCGCGCUGCACAAGGACGUGGCAGCCGGCCACAAGGGCCGGCGGGAGCCCGUGGGACAAGAUGCGCUGGGCAUGAAGAACAUGGGCAAGGGCGAGAGUCUGAUGGGGGAGGUGGCCACAGACUGGAUGGACACAGAGUGCCCGGAGGCCAAGCGACUGAAGGUGGAGGAGGCCGGCGCCGGGGCCGAGGAGCCCGUGGACUGCCGCCAGUGGACGCAGCACCACCUGGUGGCCGCCGACAUCCGCGUGGCCCCGGCCAUGGCGCUGACGCCGCCGCAGGGCGACGCGGAGGCCGACGCCAUGGACGUGAACGUGCGGGGCCCAGACGGCUUCACCCCUCUCAUGCUGGCCUCCUUCUGCGGAGGGGCCCUGGAGCAGAUCCCAGCCGAGGAGGAGGAGGUGGACGACUCCUCCGCCAGCAUCCUCUCAGACCUCAUCUGCCAAGGGGCCCAGCUUGGGGCUCGGACUGACCGCACGGGCGAGACCGCCCUGCACCUGGCCGCGCGCUACGCCCGGGCCGACGCCGCCAAGCGGCUGCUGGACGCCGGGGCGGACACCAACGCCCAGGACCACUCGGGCCGCACCCCGCUGCACACGGCCGUGACCGCCGACGCGCAGGGCGUCUUCCAGAUCCUCAUCCGGAAUCGCUCCACAGACCUGGACGCCCGCAUGGCGGACGGCUCCACCAGCCUGAUCCUGGCAGCCCGCCUGGCGGUGGAGGGUAUGGUAGAGGAGCUGAUCGCGUGCCACGCCGACGUGAACGCCGUGGACGAGCUGGGGAAGUCAGCCCUGCACUGGGCUGCAGCUGUGAACAAUGUGGAGGCCGCCUUGGCUCUGCUCAAGAACGGCGCUAAUAAGGACAUGCAGGACAGCAAGGAGGAGACCCCGCUGUUCCUGGCGGCCAGGGAGGGCAGCUAUGAGGUGGUCAAGCUGUUGCUGGAUCAUUUUGCCAACCGGGAGAUCACAGACCACAUGGACAGGCUGCCCAGGGACGUGGCCCACGAGCGACUGCACCAGGACAUCGUGGGCCUCCUGGACCAGCCCAGCGGGCCCCGCAGCCCCCCGGGGCCCCAUGGCCUGGGACCCCUGCUCUGUCCCCCCGGGGCCUUCCUCCCCGGCCUGAAGGCCACACCGUCGGGGGCCAAGAAGAGCCGCAGGCCUCUGGGGAAGGCCGGGCUGGGCCCGCAGGGCGCUCGCGGACGGGGCAAGAAGCUGAGCCUGGCCUGCCCGGGCCCCCUGGCCGACAGCUCCGUCACGCUGUCCCCCGUGGACUCUCUGGACUCCCCUCGGCCCUUCGGGGGGACCCCUGCCUCCCCUGGAGGCUUUUCCCUGGAGGCUCCCUACGGGGCGGCCACGGCCACCGCCGUGUCCUUGACGCAGCUUGGGGGUGCAGGCAGGGCGGGGGCUCUGGGGCGCCAGCCCCCCGGGAGCUGCGUGCUCAGCCUGGGUCUGUUGAACCCCGUGGCGGUCCCCCUCGACUGGGCCCGGCUGCCCCCACCUGCGCCCCCGGGGUCCUCCUUCCUGCUGCCCCUGGCUCCAGGACCCCAGCUGCUCAACCCGGGGACCCCGGUCUCGCCCCAAGAGCGGCCCCCUCCCUACCUGGCCCCUCCGGGGCACGGAGAGGAAUACCCGGCCGCGGGGACCGGCGGUAGCCCCGCGAAGGGUCGCUUUCUCCGGGUCCCCAAUGAGCAUCCUUACCUGACUCCGUCCCCCGAGUCUCCCGAGCACUGGGCCAGCCCGUCACCCCCCUCCCUGUCCGACUGGUCCGAGUCCACGCCCAGCCCCGCCACCGCCGCCCCCCCUGCCCAGCCGCACCCCCUGUCUGUCCCUGUCCCCCUGACUCAGGCCCAGACCCAGCUGGGACCCCAGCCUGAAGUCACCCCCAAGAGGCAGGUGCUGGCCUGA